AUGAUGGCGUGUUUCAUUGCACCUGCAUUCAAAGUGAAGGCCUCAACAUUUGUCCCGCAGAAGCGAGUGCGCGUGCGUCUCUCCAGUGGAUUCUGCACUGCAGAUGAGGCAGAACCAGCGGGCCGAACAUGGAGACAGUACCGCAGUGACCCAGAAGAGGACGCCAGCCACCCACCAGAGACGGCGGCUGUGAGGCUCGGACAGCUGACGUCACGGCGGAAAGCCCCGCCCACACGCGUCACCCAGGACGCCGUCAGUGACGUCACACUCAUAGCAGACUUCAGUAAGCAUCACCUGCUUCCUGUUGAGAGUGGCGGCCAUCAGGAGCUUCACUGUGUCAGCGCUCACACCGUGGCGUCGCUGAUCAGAGGUCAGUUUGGUCCUGCAGUCCAGGAUUUCCUCAUCGUUGACUGUCGUUACCCGUACGAGUACCAAGGAGGACACAUUAGGGGAGCAGUGAAUCUGUACGCUGAGUCUCAGAUCCAGCAGGCGGUGCAUCAGGCCUCGGCAGGAGCUGAACUUUCCCCCUGCCCCGCAGGAAACGCCUCCUCCUGGAGGAUGAGGGGACAGCGGGCGGCUCAUUCAUCUGACUCACUCCCAGAGGAGAAGGGCUCGUCGCCACGGAAACUGAUCAUCUUCCACUGCGAGUUCUCAUCGGAAAGAGGCCCUCAACUGUGUCAGUACCUGAGGCGGCUGGACAGACGAGUGAAUGUGUAUCCCAACCUGCACUAUCCUGAGCUCUACCUGCUGCUGGGGGGUUACAAACUCUUCCAUGCGUGUUACCCGGAUCUGUGUGAUCCCUGCGGUUACGUGGCCAUGCGCCACCGCGAGUACCGGGAGCAGCUGCACGGAUACCGCAGGAGAAGACCAACACGGCAGCGAAGACGACAGCCAAUGAAAAUACAUCAAAGAACCACACGUUAAAUACCAUACAUACAUACA